AUGAAUGGAACAACGACUCCAAGAGAGACCAGAACGAUCCAAGUAAUCGACGCCGAAAAUGACCCACCGGAGGAAAUAAUCCCCCUCAGCGACCUCGACAACGUCUAUGUGAGGGUAUACGUCCCCAUCACUUCGACCUACAAGCUCGACGAUGACGUUGACCGGGAGCUUGUCAUCGAGAAUCUAUGCAAAGGACUGCAGACGACAACAAAGGAGUACCGGUUCCUCGGUGGCCACGUCUUCGAGGGCCCAGAUGCAAAGUCCUUCGUCAAACGCAGCCCCGCCUGGCCCACCCUCACCCUCCACAUCAACCACCUCGAAGCCACCUCCUUCCCCAGCUACGCCGACCUCGAGCGCCGCGAAUUCCCCUUCUCGGACCUCAACGAGCGCCACAUGGCCCCGGACUUCACCCUCCCGGCCGACCCCAAGACCGCGCCGCCGGACCAGGGCCUGCCCACCAUCCUCGCUCAGCUCAACUUCAUCCGCGGCGGCCUCAUCCUCGGCACAGCGCUGCACCACCAGUGCGUCGAUGCGAAGGGCGUCGACGUCGUGCUGGCGCGCUGGGCCGCCAACACGCGCGCGCUCUUCACCGGCGUGCCGGCGCCGCCCUUCGACCCCAGCUGCCUCGACCCAACUCCAAUGAGCUCCAAGACGCCCUUAGCUCCAGAGCGGAUCCCUGAGGUCGAGCGCCGCAUCCGCUCGUUCAAGUACGUCCCCGUCCUGCCGCACAGCGGCGAGUACGCGGCUCCCGUGCAACUAGCCCAGUCCAUCUUACACCUGCCGCGCAGCCGCCUCGCCGCGCUGAAGGCGUCGGCAGUCCCGCCGCAGCAUAGAGAGGCGGCGCCGGCAGCGGCAGCGGCGGACAAGUGGGUCUCGACCAACGACUGCAUCACUGCGCUACUGUGGCGCUGCAUGACGCGGGCACGCCUCCCCUCCCCCUCCGCCGCCUCCGCCGCCGCCGACCCGGACAACACGUCCGUCCACAUGCACAUGGCCGUCGACAUUCGGCCGUACACGGACCCGCCGCUGCACGGCUCCUACCCGGGCAACGCCGUCAGCGUCUCGUACGUCUCGUCACCCCUCUCGUCUCUCAUCGACCCUUCCCCCUCCGCGUUCGCGGCGGCGGCGCAGGCCAUCCGCGCCACCGUCGACGCGUGGCGGGCGCCGGGAAUGAUCAAGGACACGCAGGACUACCUGGCGUCGUUUCCGGACGACCCGGCGGGGGUAAGGCAGACGUUUACGUUUGCCCCCGGGCAGAUCGCGACGAUUGUGACGAGUUGGAGUGUCAUGGCGGCGUAUCGGGAGCAUGAUUUUGGGUGGGGUGGGUUGAGGGCGUUGAGGUUGGCGACGGGGGCGUUUAAUAAUACUUUUUUUAUUUAUCCGAGGAGGGUGAGGGAGGGGAGGCAGGGGGAGGAUGAGGGGACGGAGGUGUUUGUGGCGAUGGAGAAGGGGGAUAUGGAGAGGUUGAGACGGGAUCCGGAGUUGUUGAGGUGGGCGGAGUUGAGGGCUUGUUGA